GCCGGGGAAUAGAAUGAGCCAGGGAGACUCAAAUCCAGCAGCAGUUCCACAUGCCGCUGAAGAUAUUCAGGGAGAUGACAGAUGGAUGUCACAGCACAACAGAUUUGUCCUCGACUGCAAAGACAAGGAGCCCGACGUGCUGUUUGUGGGUGACUCCAUGGUGCAGUUGCUACAGCAAUACGAGAUCUGGCGCGAGCUUUUCUCACCGCUUCACGCACUGAACUUUGGGAUAGGUGGGGACACAACAGGACAUGUUCUAUGGAGGCUGAAGAACGGUGAACUGGAGAACAUUAAACCUAAGGUCAUCGUUGUCUGGGUUGGAACAAAUAACCAUGAAAACACAGCAGACGAAGUAGCAGGCGGAAUCGAGGCCAUCGUGCGUCAGAUAAAUCCCCAACAGCCACAGGCCAAAAUUAUCGUGCUGGGCCUGCUACCUCGAGGCGAGAAGCCAAACCCUCUGCGACAGAAGAACGCCAAGGUGAACCAGCUGCUAAAGGCCUCGCUCCCCAAACUCCCCAACGUCCAGCUCCUGGAUGUCGACAUGGGCUUUGUGCACUCGGACGGCACCAUCUCAUGCCACGACAUGUUCGACUUCCUGCACCUGACGGGAGGGGGCUACGCAAAGAUCUGCAAACCCCUCCAUGAACUGAUCAUGCAGCUACUGGAGGAGACCCCGGAGGAGAAGCAAGCCGCUCUGGCCUGACCAGCUAGCAUCAGUGUUAACAUCAUCCCAGCCCCAUCACUGGCACUACAGAAUCCUUCUUUCUUAAAGCACUUUCCAUUGUAGAAUGUUACCGGAUGUUCAUAUCUAGUGUUUUGACGGGGAGGGCUAAUGUCACACUGGUCUUGUACAUAAGGGCAGGGCUGAUUUGUUUUACUGCAGGAGGAAAUUCACCGAAGAAGAAUUUUACUUUUAAACCAUUCCUCAUUCAAAAUGCGAACAACGCAGUCACCUCUGUGCCCCUCGCGUGCGGUAUUGCUCUAUGGUUGCCCUAGAACCCUGUCAGUCUGUAAUAACCAUGCACAGCUCGUGGCUUAGCCUGCCCUGCCUUAGGGAUUGUGCUCUGUGUAAUUAGCUUGUGAACCAGAAUCACAUUCCACCUGCUAAAAACAAAACCGCUGCAUUUUUUUCAAAAACAGUUUCCAUCUUUUAAAAUUGUCUUUACUAGGGUUUUUCCUUCCUUCCCCACCCCUCUUCCCCCCAAUUACGCUUGUUGCUUUCUGGCUCUCUCUUUUUGAGGCAGUAUAAAAUCCAAUGUAACUGGAAUUCAGAUAUGUGAAAAAGCAAAGCAUUAGCUGAACUGAACUCAUUUAACACUCCCCUGAUAUCGUUCAUGUGCUUAUUUUACCUUGUCUGUGGCAAACUUCAUUCCAUUGUUGCUUCAUCUGUGGGCAGUCUUGUUUGGGUGCCGCUGGAUAUCACAUCUCCCCUAGACCAUGUCUCUAAUAGAACUUGUUCUUUGUUCUCAUUUGUGUCCACUGUUGCCAGCUGUUACUAGUCCUUGAGAUAGGAGCUUCAUUUUCCAGUACAUGUCAUGCAGCCCCGUCAUUGCCCCAGAAGUGUAAAACUGACGUUCUGCCUGCUGCGAUGCCUGUGCCACAGGACUCGGCAGUGCUGUUCACGUUCAUGGUUCUGUUUUUUUAAGCAUGACUGUUACACCUCUUUCUUAAAGAAAAGGUCCAGGUGCAGCUACCCCCUUUGCAAGGUCAGAAUCAGUCUAAAGCUUUACAAGUU